GGGGAGGAGCGCUUGUAUGGCGCUCAGCAGGACGCAGCACACUGUGAGGAAGACAGAUCUUCCGAUUUCGUGGACGUUUCAUGAUACAGCACUUGACCGUCGUGGAAUGGAAGCACCUGAGACAACUUUGCGCGUCAACCAGCUGGAUGCCGCCCGCCUCGACAGCGAGAUCCUCUCCCUCCUCACAUCCGGGUUCGCCAGUGCAUUCAGACUCUUCCACGAGGGCGUGUUCGACAGAUGGCGGCCUGAAGUGGAUGCACUGCUCCGCCUGGUGGUCUGGCGGUACACGACACUCGCAGACAGGCCAUCGCCCGGCGAUUCCCUGCAGAACGUCAAGUACAGAGGGUGGCCGCAUGAGCGUGCGGGCGAUGGGCGGCAUGUGGAUGCCGGGAUGCAGCGGCUGCCGGCGAGGCAGAAGUACGGCAUUAUGCUGCUGACGAUUGUGCUACCGUGGGCGGUGGCUCGGCUCAAGAGGCUGAUGGAUGACGAGAGAUGGGAGGACGGUGAGAGGCCUGGGGUUCAGCCUUAUCGUGCGCUGAGGAGGGUGUUUACUGUGGUGGAGCGGGCGUAUGAGGCGGCCACGUUGGUCAAUCUGGUGGUUUUUCUGAAGGCCGGCGUCUACCGGUCGGUGGCCGACCGGCUGCUGCGGUUGCGGAUGCACCACGUGGACCCCACCCUCCCGCGGCAGAUAUCCUUCGAGCUGAUGGACCGACAGCUCUACUGGCACUCAUUCACCGACCUCCUCCUGGUCGUCACGCCACUCGUCAACCUGAGGCGAGUGCGGCUAAUGCUGAGGCGGUCGGCCGACCAGGCGACGGCAUACGUGACCAAACACGCCAGGAGGGUGCCGCUGCUGGCCAGACACAUCCCGAAGCUUCAAAGAGAGAGGCCUUCAUCCGGUAUGAGUGCUGCCUCUGUUGGUGCGUGUGGUAUGUGCGGAGCGUCGCCCAUGGUGUGUGCCCAUCGGACGAUGCCGUGCGGUCAUAUGUUCUGCUACUACUGCAUCGCCAUGGCAGUGAGAGAGGGUGGGCUGACUGGGGUGGAGGGACAGCAGCAGGGGGUGCUGCUGGGGAAGGGGAGAGGCGGCGGCAUGACUGUGAGUAGCACUGAUGGGUCUAUAGCAGUGGGGUGUCCAGUGUGUGGUGAGCGUGUCGUGACACUGACGAGGUGUGGGCUGUGAUUGAUGUACAUACAUAUAGUGAGGAGGUGCGAAGCGAAGGCCCGGUAAGGUCGCG